AUGAGUGCAGCUACCCAGCCCCGAAGCACACAGAGCAGCGCAAGCAAGCGAGCCGAGCAGGCUUUUGAGCGGCUCGUCAAGGAAGAAAAUCGCUUGUCGCAUCAGAAAGAAGCUGACCGCAGGCAGCGAGUGAUUGCCUUUGUCGCCAAGUGGCAAGACAACGCCAUGAUGAUAUCCUGGAAGAGCGAUAUCCGCCGGCUGCAAGAAGAAACCCGAGAAGAGAUCAUGUUGGCAAACAAGGAAAUGAUCGAUCUCCGCAGAGCUGAGCUGCGCGAGCUGCUGGAGCGCGAUCGUGAAGACUACCUCAAGGAGUUGGAUACACUCAAACUCUCCUUCCACCACGACCGCAUCUGAGCGGAGCAUGGAUCAAGUCGACCAGACGCACUGCAAAGCGAUAGCGAAUGGGGGCGGACCGGAUGGAGCGGAUCGCGAAUAUACAGU